CUCCCCUUCGUGAUGUGGCAAACUAUAGCGAUCGCAGUACUGAUUGGUGUGUGUAUUCUCGUAACCGUGGGUGGCAACAUCCUUGUACUGACCGCCUUCUUCGUCGAGCGAACCAUAAGACAGCCGAGUAAUUACUUCAUCGCCUCGCUGGCCGCGUCCGACCUCUUGAUAGGAAUCGUAUCGAUGCCAUUGUUUGCUCUCUAUGUUCUCAAUGGCCGUUGGGACUUCGGACCGAUAUUCUGCGAUCUGUGGCUUGCUACAGAUCAUACAGUGUGCCUAGUCUCAAUAUAUACAGUGCUUCUGAUCACGAUUGAUCGGUACUGCUCAGUGAAAAUCGCGGCAAAAUAUCGCAGUUGGAGAACUCGCAGCAAAGUGAUCUGGCUGGUGGCCAUUACGUGGGUUCUCCCGUUUUUUGUGUUCUUCAUAUCCAUAUUCGGCUGGGAACAUUUCAUCGGCUACCGAGACCUCGUGGAUGGCGAGUGUGCCGUCCAGUUUCUGAAAGACCCCGUGUUCAACACGUCCUUGAUUUUCGGUUACUUCUACUGCACAGUUGUUGUGCUGUUCAUGCUUUACGGAGGUAUAUAUAGAACGGCGAGCAACAUGCAGAAGCGAAGUGCUGAGAAGCAGCGCAAAAUGCAGUCCAUGGUCUCUCUCGGGCGAAGUCAGAUGGAUGCCAGCCCGUGCGUAGCAACAGUUCAGGAGACGUUGGAAGGACUUGACCAGCAGCGACCCUCAGACGUGGAGAAGCCAGGCCAGUCGGAUCAGGAUAGAUCUUCGAGUCCCGGUUUCGAAUCCGACGAAGACAAUGACGAGGAUUCUGGGGAGGAAACAGACAGCACGAAGUCCGCUAAGGUAAGCGCUCCGUUAAAACUCGGCGACGAGGCUUCGGGAGUACCUGAACUGGAAGAUACGGAAAUAUUCAUUCGAGGCUCCGCCCAUAUCUAAACUUCCGUCUUCGAUCCACAGGACAGCGAUGCUGGCUCCUGCGGAUUAUUGCGGACAGCUUCGACAAACAGAUCCCGUCGAGAGAUUAUGUCAUCGUUCAGCGAAAGGUUGCGAGGAAGACGAAGUCGAGACAAGCGCCAGAAAUCAAAAAGUGAGAAUCGAGCUCGCAAAGCGCUGCGGACCAUAUCGUUCAUCUUGGGCGCGUUCGUCAUCUGCUGGACUCCAUACCAUGUGUGCGCGCUAGUAGAGGGAUUCUGCCGGAAAAAAGGCGGAUGCGUGAACCAUCAUCUCUUCUACUUCACUUAUUUCCUCUGUUAUGCCAAUAGCCCCAUAAAUCCAUUCUGUUACGCCCUUGCCAAUCAACAAUUCAAACGAACCUUCUACAGGAUCCUCAAAGGUGAUCUCCAUAAGACUUGA